GGAAGAUGGUUUUUUGUUAUCCCAAGGUUCAAACAAAAACUAUGUCAAAAUGCAUGAUGUGGUCCGUGAUGUGGCUAAAUAUAUUGCGACCGAGAGAGAGCAUAUAUUUAUGGUAAGUCAUGAUGUGAACUCAGAAGAGUUCCCAAGAAAAGACUCUUACGAGCAAUGUAGUCACAUGUCAAUUGUUGCAAAUAAAUUUGAGGAGCUUCCUAGCCCAAUAAUUUGCCCAAAACUGAAGCUAUUAAUGUUGAAACUCCGGUUUGAAGAUCCAUUCAAAUUACAGGAUGAUUUUUUUGAUGAAAUGAGUAACCUCAAUGUCUUGAGCCUGAGGGGAUACAGAUUUGUGGAGUCCAGUCUGCGUUAUUCAGCAUCCAUGGAGUCCAUUCUGCGUUAUCCAGCAUCCAUUAGGAGGUUGUCAAGUCUGAGGACGCUGUGUCUGAGUAAUUUAAGGUUGGAUGACAUAUCCUUUAUUGGGGAACUUGUCGAAUUAGAAAUUGUCAGCAUAAGAGAUUGUAAGUUAGAUGAGCUGCCAGAGGAGAUAGGAAAAUUGACCAAGCUAAUUAGGUUAGAGUUUUGGAAUAAGAGUAGAACACUUAAAAGGAUUUCAGCAGGGGUGUUAUCAAAACUAGCUCAAUUGGAGGAACUACAUAUUCUGGAAGUAGAAGAUUUGAGUGAUGUGAUGUACAGUAACCUUGGCCUUCCCUCCAAGUUGACACGGUACACUCUUGAAAUGUGUUAUUGGAAUUCAAGAUUUGAUGAAUACGACAAGAUUAUUGCUUUAAAGGUCACGGAGACCAGACCAUUGGGUGAUUGGAUCUGCCACCUGUUGAAGGAAGGCGAACUCAUACAUUCAACCGGGGAAGGCUCUAAUAAUGUGUUAACUGAGUUGCAGCUGAAUGAAUUUCAGAACGUGAAAUGUCUCCACCUCUCUGAAUGUGAUUUAAUGACACAUUUAUUGAAGAGGACACAUGAAGUAAUCAAGUUCCCCAAUUUAUAUGAGUUGGAGCUUGAAAAUCUGAAAUGUCUGACUCACAUUUGCAGUGACAAUGUUGAGCGCAUUGAGUUCCCUCUGUUACAAGCAAUGAUCUUAUGGAACUUAACUGAGUUCCAGAAUUUCAGGCCUACAGCCAACAACUCAAAUCCUCUUUUUGAUGAAAAGGUUUCUUGUCCCAACCUAGAAGUGCUAGAUAUUUAUGGGCCUAACAACAUAAGUGCUCUAUGCUCUCACCAACUUCCAACAACCUACUUCACCAAACUUCAAACAUUGAAAGUAUCAGAUUGUGGAAAAUUGAGAAACUUGAUGUCUCCAUCAGUGGCCAAAGGUCUUCUGAAUCUCCAAGAGUUAUGUCUCCAUCAGUGGCCAGAGGUCUUUUGA